AUGGAUGUUUGCCGUGUGUGUGAUGGCACGGGUUUCCUCCUGAGGGAAGUGUGUCCAUUGUGUGAUGGAGCGCCAAUCGUGCAGCAGGUGCGACCAUUUGCUUGUAUGCAGCAACGAAGCGACCUGUGCUUGGUUUUGGAUAUUGACGGUACCCUUUUGUCCGAGUCGGUAAGUGAGGAUUGGACCAUAGAGCAGCUCCGCACAUAUUUACGCCCCAACACGCAGGCUUUCCUUCGCUUUGCCUUUGAAAACUUUGCUGCAGUUGGGAUAUGGACUGCUGGUAGUGACGAGUGGUUACGCACUUUUGUUGCUGUUGUGGACCCGAUGUUACGCACCUGCGCCAAUGGUGUGGACCCCUGGGCUUUCAAAUGGAGCCGGCGGCUCAGCUGGAUCAGGGCAGGCACUGAGGGCCUUUAUCCUACAUGGUCACAAGUCAAGCCUUUGAAGAAGAUUUGGAGAAACAGGUCCCUGCGCGCCGUGGGUUAUUCUUCCAGGUCGACGUUGAUCAUUGACAACACGGAAAGUGUCUGCCGAUUGAACUAUGGCAAUGCAGUGUACAUCAAGACGUACCAUUGUGGUGAUGAUGAUUGGCUCCUGGUUCUCAUGGAGUACUUGAAGGAAUUGGCGAAGCAUCACCGGGACGGUGUCUCUAUGCGCAACAUCGAGAAAAGACAUUGGUAUGUCGCGGUGAAAGAAAGGAUGGAUCUUGUGCAUGACUGUCCAGUAACUAUGGGGACUGACGAACUGCCAGCGUAUGCUGAGGAAGUGUUUUUCUCAGUGGACUCAGUCAGUCCGGAGGUCUGUUCAACUUCUGACCCCAGUUCAACUUCUGACCCCAGAAGUUGA